CUCCUUACUGGAAAAACCAACUGCUGGGGAGUGCCAAGAGUCCCUAGCAACACCCUGCAGCUUUUGAAAUCUGAGGGGAAAAGACUGUAGUCAGCCCUUAGUGGAUGAGAGCGCCUAUGCUCCAGAAAGAGCAGGCUCCCAGGAUGGACACCCCGCCCCCUGAAGAAGGCUUAGAGAAGCAAAAUGAAAAACUGAACAACCAGGAAGAGGAGACGGAGUUUAAGGAACUGGACGGUCUGAGGGAAGCCUUGGCAAACCUCCGGGGACUGUCAGAGGAGGAGAGGAGCGAGAAGGCUAUGCUUCACUCCCGCAUUGAAGAGCAGUCCCAGCUCAUCUGCAUCCUGAAGCGGAGGUCAGAUGAGGCCCUGGAGCGCUGCCAGAUCCUGGAGCUGCUCAAUGCAGAGCUGGAGGAGAAGAUGAUGCAGGAGGCUGAGAAGCUCAAGGCCCAGGGUGAGUACAGUCGGAAGCUAGAGGAACGCUUUAUGACCCUAGCAGCCAACCACGAGUUGAUGAUCUGCUUCAAGGAUGAAUACAAGAGUGAGAACAUCAAGCUGAGGGAGGAGAAUGAGAAGCUGAGGCUGGAGAAUAGCAGCCUCUUCAGCCAGGCUCUGAAGGAUGAGGAGGCAGAAGUAUUACAGCUCACAGUCCGGUGUGAGGCCCUCACUGGGGAGCUAGAAACGCUGAAGGAGAGGUGUGCUCAGGAUGCCUGCCAGGCACAGGCGCGCGAGAAGGAGCUGCUGGAGCUACAGAGCCAGCAGGCCUGCACCCACACCAAGGAGACGGAACAGCUGCGCAGCCGGCUGCAGACCCUCAAGCAGCAGCACCAGCAGGCUGUGGAGCAGAUGGCUAAGGCAGAGGAGACACACAGCAGCCUGAGCCAGGAGCUGCAGGCCAGGCUGCAGGCUGUCACUAGAGAGAAAGAGGAGUUGCUGCAGCUGUCCAUGGAAAGGGGCAAAGUGCUUCAGAACAAACAGGCAGAGAUCUGUCAGCUUGAGGAAAAGUUGGAGAUAGCAAAUGAGGCCAGGAAGCAUGCGCUGGAGCGGUUUGAGCAAGAGGCAGUGGCUGUGGACAGCAACUUGAGAGUCAGGGAGCUUCAGCGCAAAGUAGAUGGGAUCCAGAAGGCCUACGAUGAACUCAGGCUGCAGUCUGAAGCCUUCAAAAAGCACAGCCUGGAUCUUUUAAGCAAGGAGAGAGAACUCAAUGGCAAACUCCGCCAUCUCUCUCCAUAAGGAAGUUUCUGCUUCCUCUGGCCUGCAAUUCAGAAUUCAAAUAUUUGAGUCUUAGCAUUAUGGCAAGAGUAAAGAUGAUAUCCCAUUUAUUAUACUUUCAAGCACAAAAGGCAACUCAAAGAAAAGCUACUUUACUAUGAUAUUGUUGUUAUUAUUGUAAAGCCAUUAUUAAUUUUCAUUUCUACACCUAGAAUACACCAGAUUUGCCAGA